AUGUCUGAUUUUGAACAACGCUCGGCUGAAAUCGAAUCAUUGGAAUCAAUAUUUCCGGAUUUAUUGCAAAGCAAAACCGAAUCGCAGCUGGUAUUCACAUUUGAGAAGGAUAUCAUGUUAACAUGCAGUCUUCCCCAUGAUUAUCCAUCAACUUCUCCUCCAAUCUUCGAGCUCAGUGGACCAUAUUUGAAAGCAAAUGAAAGAGAAGCUCUCUAUAAUAGUUUGAAUGAAAGUUAUAUUGAAAAUAUUGGAUUUCCUGUGAUCUUCAAUUGGAUUUCAAUUAUCCAAGAUUUUAUUCGAGAUUCUUCAACACACGACGAAGAAGAAGAAGGAGAAGCAACAUCUUCAGCUCAAGAAAAUUCAUUAGAUGAUUCGAUUCCCGAAGACUUUGAUGAUAUGAAUAUUCAACACGGCGAAGUUUUUCACGAUCGAAAAAGUUUUUUCCAAGCUCAUUUGGCUGUUGUGAACUCGAAAGAAGAUGUUGAUCGAGUUAUGCGAAUUCUGAAAUCGAAUACAAAAAUUAGGAGAGCAACUCAUAAUAUAAUGGCGUAUAGAUAUACUGGCGAAAGGAAUGGAGUUGAGAUAAAGUGGGUUUUUUGGGGGAGGGCUUGAAAAUAAGCGAUUUUCAGAGAAGAAUAUUAAAAUUACAGUCAUUUCGGAAUUUUGAAAUUCAAAAUUUUCAACAGUUUUUCUGAAUCAAUUUCUAUGUAUAUUUUUCAAAAUUGACCUCUCUGGUUAUCAAAAAAAAACAUUUCAAAUUGAUAUAUUUUUGCCACGUCAUAACUUAUCUGGAAAGCUGAUAAUAUCUAUUUUCAAGAGAUUUUCGCUCAGAAACACCCAAAAUUUUGAAUUUUUCAGAAUUUUUGAAAAAUUGCAAUUUUAAUUUUUUCAAAAGUCAGCUUUUAAAUACUUUCAGCCUCUUCCAGUUUCAAAAAUCCCAAUUUUCCAGAUAUCACGAUUGCGAAGAUGAUGGAGAACACGGAGCAAGUUCAAAAAUGCUCGAACUUAUGGAAAGAAUGAAAGCGAAUAAUGUUAUUGUAAGUUCCCUUCUCCCAUGAAUCAAUCAAUAAUUACAUAAUUCCAGGUUGUUGUAACUCGAUGGUACGGUGGAAUUCAUCUAGGACCCGAUCGAUUUCGUCACAUCAAUAAUCUCACACGCCAAAUUCUGGUUGAUAAUAAUUACGGGAACUCUAAAAAAUAGCCUGAUUGUGAAUUUAUUUAUUUUUGAUUGAUUCACAGAAUUUAUUUAAUGUUUUUCUUCACGUGCGUGUAAAAUUUUAUUAGUCAUUUUCUAUUUUAACAAAUAAAUAAAAAAAAUAUGCAAUAUUUGAUGGAUAUUGGAUCGCCGGAAAGUGCAAAAUAUAGAGUGAGAUUUAGAUAUCAGAACAAAAUGAAAAAAAAACAAAAUUUUUGAAGAUGUUUUGCUGUUCCCAUGUGAUAAUUGCAUAUUGGUCAUUUUUGGUAGGGGUUUUUUUGCUGUUAGCGAGGAAAAUUUGAAAUUUUUGUAGAUGUUCGAUCUGACCGUCACAGUUUGCAGUAUUGGAAUGGAAAGUCUCGCGACUUAUGUAAGCAGCAAAUUUUGAAAUAAAAUUGAGAUUUUGGCUGUCUGAAUCGUAGAAAUUUGAAAUUUUUCUCAAAAAAAAUGGACUUCAUUCAGAAAUUCCCAAAAAUUUCCAGGUUUUCGAGAUAGAGCACGAUAUUUGGGUGUAUUUUCACAUUGUUUCGACGAUUUUUUGGGUUUUUGGAUUUCUUGGAGGAUUGGUUGGUUUUUAGAAAUACACAGCCAACUACCGUACCACCUUCUUAUCUAACUCGGUUUUCUGUACAAUUUCUUCUCGGCAGUUUUUGUAUCGGACCUGAGGAAUCGGACCAGGUCCGAUUAAUCGGACCCGAUUUUGAAGGUUGUUGGAAUCGGACCAGGGACACAAUUUUCCAAUAGGAAUCGGACCACAAAAAGGAAUCGGACCAUCUUGUGUUUUUUGAAUCGGACCAGGUAAAAUCGGACCAGGUAAAAUCGGACCAGGCAAAAAUCGGACCAGGUGGAAUCGGACCAGGUAACAAAAAAUCGGACCAGGCAAAAUCGGACCAGGCAAAAAUCGGACCAGGUGAAAUCGGACCAGGUAACAAAAAAUCGGACCAGGCAAAAAUCGGACCAGGCAAAAUCGGACCAGGUAAAAUCGGACCAGGCAAAAAUCGGACCAGGUGGAAUCGGACCAGGUAACAAAAAAUCGGACCAGGCAAAAUCGGACCAGGCAAAAAUCGGACCAGGUAAAAUCGGACCAGGCAAAAAUCGGACCAGGUGGAAUCGGACCAGGCAAAAAUCGGACCAGGCAAAAUCGGACCAGGCAAAAAUCGGACCAGGUGAAAUCGGACCAGGUAACAAAAAAUCGGACCAGGCAAAAAUCGGACCAGGCAAAAUCGGACCAGGCAAAAUCGGACCAGGCAAAAAUCGGACCAGGUGAAAUCGGACCAGGUAACAAAAAAUCGGACCAGUUUUUCUGGGCGUUUACUAAGCCUAAGCCUAAUAUCCGGGCCAGUAAAGCCCAAAAGCUUUAACUUUUCUGUCUUUCAAGGCUUAGGCUUAGUGAACGCCCAGAAAAACUGGUAAACUGGUCCGAUUUUAUCUGGUCCGAUUCCACCUGGUCCGAUUUUUUGCCACCUGGUCCGAUUUUAUCUGUCCCGAUUUUUUUUUUACCUGGCCCGAUUUUUUGUCGCCUGGUCCGAUUUCACCUGGCCCGAUUUUUUUUACCUGGUCCGAUAUUUGUCACCUGGUCCGAUUUCACCAGGCCCGAUUCUUUUUACCUGGUCCGAUUUUUUGUCACCUGGUCCGAUUUCACCUGGCCCGAUUUUUUGUCACCUGGUCCGAUUUUUUGUCGCCUGGUCCGAUUUCACCUGGCCCGAUUUUUUGUCACCUGGUCCGAUUUCACCUGGCCCGAUUUUUUUACCUGGCCCGAUUUUUUGUCACCUGGUCCGAUUUUUUGUCACCUGGUCCGAUUUUACCUGGCCCGAUUUUUUUUUACCUGGUCCGAUUUUAUCUGGUCCGAUUUUUGCCUGGUCCGAUUUUAUCUGGUCCGAUUCAAAAAGCAAGGUGGUCCGAUUUCUUUUUUGUGGUCCGAUUCCUAUUGAAAAAUUGUGUGACUGGUCCGAUUCAAAAUACCUUCGAAAUCGGGUCCGAUUAAUCGGACCUGGUCCGAUUCCUCAGGUCCGAUACAAAAACUGCCUUUCUUCUCGAGUUAAAUGUGCAGGUUCUACCGUAUAUGCCUUUGAUCUUCUGUUUUUGGACAGGAAAAUUCGUAUUUUUCAGGAAUGGGUUCGAUGUUUGACAGUUUAUGCGAUGAGAUUAGGUUUAGUUAUGAUGAUUUCAGCAGGAAGAUUAGUGUGAGUUUCUCGAUUUCAUUCCCAAAAACUUCAAAAUUCAAUAAUUUUCAGCGGAACUUUCGAUAAAUUCUCAAAAAAAGCGCACAUCAAAGACAUCGUAUUUCUAUAUCUACCAAUCCCAAUUUUCACAUAUUUUAUCGGAAUUAUCAUAACUUUUCGAAUGUGCUCAUUUUCAUCGAAUCGAUAUAGUGGAUAUUAUGAUGUUGAUGAUGAAUUGCGACUCGAACUUCAGAAGUAAAGUGUUUUUUUUUUGAUUUUCAAAAAAAUCCAAGUUUCCAGGAAAUUGGAUGAAAUCGAUUUGAAAGAAGACUAA